GAUCGAUCGGCAAGUGGCAACUUAGCCAGUGUGUAGAUGUAGUGCCUAAUGCCUAAAACAUAGACAUACCUAAAUAAAAAGUAACAAUUUAUAAACUAUUAUUUUGACAUAUACCGAGAUAAAAGUGUUUUUCUGUGUUUUUCACUAAACAUUUAUCAAAAAAUUGUGGUGCACAAUUUUUAAGAAGAUGAGAAAUUUACAAAAUACUAUUGGAUUCUUUUUUGAAACUGUAAGAAAUGCUUAAUGCCGGACUCGAGGGGUAAGCCUGCAAAUGAUUGCUCAGCCUCCGAUGAAGCAUCAAGGUUGGAUUUAUAUCUUCAGAGACAGCUUGAAGAGGAUGUAGCAAGGAUAUUUGAUGAAUCUAUAUAUUCUGAUCUUGAAGUGGUUUGUGGCAAACUAAAAAUACUAACCCAUACUUGCAUACUCAAAGCACGCACAAAUAAAUUUUAUAAAAAGCUUGAAGCUAUUUUGCAUGUGAAUAUAGGACGCGACACUUUUGAUGAAAUAUAUUCAUUUAUAAGCGAUGCGUAUACUGAAUGUGAUAUCCAAAAUCAAGAAAAAGAAAUUCUAUUUUUUUUAAAACGAACUCAUUUCGCUAAAAAUAAUUUAUUCGAUUCAAAUAAAAUAAAAGAAGAGAUAGAAGAUAUUGAUGUGUUUCUAACCCCAAAUUCGAGUCCCUGUCCAGAACAAAAAAUACAACAAAUUUCCUGUCUUAGUCCCAGUACAGAAUUAACAAGAGAAUAUUACGCCCUAGUACCCAUUGACGGUAAUUUGCUUGACCAGGAGCUAAUUGAACAAGACGCGUUAUCGAAUGCUUUUCAUACGAUCAUAAAAGGGCAAGAUAAAGAUUCUAACAAAGUAACACAACUUAACAAACCCACUUCAUUACCUUUGGUGUCUAGUCACACUCCUAAAACCAUUAAACAUUCCAUUAAUUGUGAUAUAUAUAAUAAACUAGUCCAUGAACAUGAAAAAUUAGGGAAUGAAAGAGAAGUAAAUAAGAAAACAAAUAACAAUUAUAUUUGUCAGAAAAUAAAUAAUACAAAUAGAUUUGAUACCAAAUCAAAUCAGAUAAGUUCCAGCGAGUCAGUUUUGAGUGAAAAAUAUUUUGAUCCUUCAUACUCUCCUGAUAGUUUAAUCACUGAUGAUCCCAGUUCCUCAUCAGAUUAUUUAUCCGCUGCAUAUGCUUGCUCCCCUGCUGUAAGCACUUCAGGGUGUGUACGUCAAGCUCAUGUUGAGGAUUACAUUAGUAAAAUGGAAAACAUAUUCACUUCUUCGGAUUCCGGGCUGGAAAAUACUGGUAUGCUCGAGAGCCUGAGCAGCCAUAAAGACGUUACUUUAACAGAUCUAUCCUUAACCGAAAGUACGCUUCACGAUCUAAUCACUGACGAGACAAAUAAUUCAAACGGAUCCUUGUCCAGUUCAACGUCAGAUAAGAAUCAAAUUUGUAAAAUGAAAUCGUCAACUCCUCGUACUGACAUCGCAUCUUAUGCGAGUACUUCAGACGAAUGGAAUGGUCAGAGAGCAAAUGUGCAAAAUAAGCCUCUAGACUGUGUACAUUCUAAUUCUUCGAAAGAAGAAAAGCAACGACAGAACGAGGAAAUAGUGAUUUUAGAAUCAUCCUCUGUGUCGUCUGAAACUGGAUCAUGGGAAUCAGUUUUUCCGCCGAGAAUGGUAGAAAAAGAAAUAUGUGAAAAAUUUAUAAAUACUGAACGUCAUCACAACAAACAGGAUGUUAUGUGGAGACGGAACAACCCUACUUCUCUGGCGGUGAUUAAACACAUUGAUAUUUCUUUGAAAUCUACACCUUGCUUUAUUGAUGCAGCGAGUCUGGCAGAUGAAGACCAGUCUAUAGAAUUGAAGAAAUCUGACCAGAAUGAAUCUGCUAAUCUCUCAUCUGAUCACACUCCUACACCUAGCCAGCCGGUCCCCUGUUCUAAGGUGAAUAAGCUUGAUCAUAGUCCAGGUGACUGGUCCGAAAGUAAUGAAAACGAGGAUUCUUUGGAACAGGGAGACAAUAAAGAUGCUGAUUCCAUUCAGAAAGAUUUAUCACCCACUAUUUUUGAAAUGACUCCCAUAGCUGAGGAUUCUUUAAUUUCAAAUAUUUUUGACCGCAGCACUGAGGCGAAGAUGGACAGGGAAACGUAUGACGCUAAUGCUAUUUCCGCUUGCGAGACCGAAAAAGCAACUUCCUUAUCUGCGAGCACAGUUUACAUGGGUACAACUCCACACAAUUCAAUUCUGUCUUUAAAAACUUCGUCCAUCAAGAACUACGACUCAGAAGAGAGCGAAAAUGACACAAUACAUAUAAGCAAGGAAAGUCUUAUAAAUUUCAGACAAACUAGGUAUAAUGAAUCGUCUCCUAUAGUUUCAGGCGGAGCAUCAAUCGAAGAUGUUCGAUCUCCAAAGUUGAAUCAACAGAGUCCGUUAAUAAGAAGAAAAAUUGAAAACACGCCCAUUGUAACUGGAGCGUGUUAUCCAAAUGUGGAUGACAGUAAAGAAAACGCCGUACCGAAAACGCCUAAACCUGUCCAUGCAUCUGCAUGGGUAGUUGACAUGGCUUCGGAUUUUAAUGCCACCGAAUCAAGUAUUAAUACAUCAAACUCCAGCUUGAAUUCUAAAAAAUCUAACGACAAAGUUCAUGAUAAUUUAAAAAGCGAAUCGAAAGCAAAUAGUAGCGAAAGUUCUAAUAAAAGUCGAUGUUCCGUUGACUCUGAUAGUAGUGAAAAAUCUGGCCAUAAAUUUUAUAUUGAUUUAUCGUCUUUACCUGAUCCUUUGCCACCAGAAAAACCGAAUGUCAUAGAUAACAAUUCUGAAAAAAAGAAUAUAUUUUCUAUGUUUAUAGAUUUAGGAGAAAAAUCUACUCUCAAAGAAAUGCCAUCCCGUUUAUCUUCAUCUUUGAAUAGUCAGAAACAGUCUCACGACAGUAACCACAAAACAUCAAGCAAGACUUGCAAGAAUCAGAAGACAGUAAACAAUUUGAAAACCUUGGAUGCGACCCCGAAAUCACUUGAUCCAUCAAUAAGUACAACAACAUUCGAAAGAUACGAAUCAUUGUGCAAUGAUCCUAACAUAAGCAUAUCAGAAAUAAUCGCUAUCCCCGAGGCUCCUUGUUUGAAAGAGAACGAAGAAGUUACCGAAAUGGUGAAUCUUAAAAACGAUAAACAUUCCAGGCGAAUAAAUGGAGACAAAACGUUCAAUACUUAUGUUAUUCACGAGGAACCGGUCAAUGAACCCUCGGAUCUGUUUGUUAAAUUAUCCGAUUUGGAUAAACCGUUACAGAAAUCUGAUAUAUUCGAAAAAAAUUGCUUCGAGUCAAGAAUGACCAGGUCGAUACCGGAUAACAAAUGGUCACAACAAACCCUCGGAGGAUCUUCCAGGUCUAGUGAAGUGAUUAGUUCCUUUCAUUCUGAGAAUGCGUUGAGUCUGAACAGGCUUUUUCCCCACCUGAAAAACGAGUUCAGUAGGAGCAUGCCGAUAUCACUAUCAACUAGAACAAGAUCUCCAUCAAGACCGACUGCAUUGAGCGUGGGCGAGAUGGAUGAUCAGGUUUCCGAUGUAUCGGAAAUGAGUAGUGUACAAAGCAGUAUAUGUCGGUCUGUAGUCGAAAAUAGUACAACAGAAGAAACUAGUCAAACUUCGAGUUUAAUAGGUAACUGUCAGUCUCGUUUGGGACAGGAUUUGCUUCGUAUGUUCUUAGAGGAGAUAGCCCCUGACGUUAUAGUCGAAGUAUCAGGAAAGAGAAUUAAAGCACAUAAAUGUAUUCUAUCAUCUAGGUGUCAGUACUUUGCAGGUAUACUGAGCGGCGGUUGGGUCGAAAGUGCUGGGAACGUCAUCGUUUUACCACCGUUCUCAUUUAACGUGGUACACUUCGCCCUGUGCCAUAUAUAUUCCGGUUUGUCUACUAUACCCGAUUCUAUAAGUAUCGUGGAACUAGCCACUAUAGCUGACAUGCUCGGACUCGAAGGCCUGAAAGAAGCUAUUAUGUUCACAUUGAAGUCCAAAUAUUGUCAUCACUUCCACAGGCCUUGUCAAGUUUGCACAGCCGGUGUAUUGGAAUGCUUCCCCUUGUCUUCGGUUUAUGGCCUGGAUGAUUUAUACCGCAAAUGUCUCAGAUGGAUAACCAAAUACUUCUCGAAGGUGUGGCCAACCAAAGCUUUUGCCACUUUACCAAAAGAACUCCUUGAUAAAUGUUACCAUGAACAUGUUGUUAAUCUUUCUUUGGAAAAUUUUAUUGACACUGUCUAUGGAUGUGGCACUACGGUGUCGUCACUUCAAAACAGUAGGUGGGCUGAGGGUGUAGCCCGUAUGUGCAGGCGUCUAGUAAACGCGGCUGCACAUUUCGCUGCUCCAAGACUACCGGCUGUUUUGGAACUAAUAUCUGUUGCUCCAGAGGCUCCUCAAACAGCCAAACAAGCGCUGGACGACUGUCUUGCAGCCGCCAUUGAAUGGGCUCCUCCUGAUGAAACCUGCCGGGCCUACGCUUACUUAUCGAAUCUCGUCAAGCAAAUCAGAAACCAACACCUUGCUAAGCCCGAUCUGAUAUCUAAUGGAAACCAAAUCAAGGUCCCGGAAACCACCAAUCUUUUAUACAUCCACGCUAGCAGUUGGAGGCUUCAGUGCGAAGUGGCCCUUGUUAGAGCAGCACCCAGGGUUGUGGGCACCCAAGCAUUCAAAGACCUGCCAUCUGAUCUACGUAAACGACUACGAGAACUCGGCUGUAUUAUGUACGGACCUCAAGCCAUACCGCUCACUACGUCUCCGCUACAGGACAGAAAAUGCAAGAGCACUUACCACAGCAAACCUACUAAAAUUAUCAAUCCUUCGGCAACUCGGAGUUUGGAUAUGGAGAAGGUGCGCAAUUCGUUCGUACCCUACAAACCAAAGCCGAUCACGAUGACGGGAUCAAAGGAUAACAUAAAAAGCAACAGCGAGCUUAGAGAAUUGAAGAAACAAAAUAAAACAACUGUCCCCAAAGUGAGGACUACGAAAGCCCAAGAAGAGCGAGCGAAGUUCAAUCAAUCUAAGACAAUAACAACGUCUCAAGAGAGAUCAGUGACUAAGCCAGCCACAACACGAGUCCAUCCAUUCGAGAAUACAAAACCGAGAUACUUACAACCACGUGUUAAAGACACCGAGAAGAAAUUACCACCGAAGAAGCUGGUCAAUAAGAUAGUGUCCUCGAGUGAGUCUUCAAGGAAUUCCAGUCCGAUCCAAGCUCGCAAUUUGCGGCCACGGGUACAACCGAGCGACAGAACCCACAUGUCACAAGACAGUCUUGCGACGUCAUCGAGACCUCGGACUGCGGAACCCUCCACGGACUCCCUCAGCGAAUCACAAAACAGCAACAAAUACGCUACGUACACCAAAACUAAGCACAAUAAACAGGGCUCCGUUGAAUCGAUCAUAUCGGCUAAAUGUCAAGGCGUGUCGCCGUCCUCAUUGCUGAAUUCGGCCGUCAGAACGAAGAUACCUGUGUUUCUGAACCAGCACGCGUCCGCUGCGAACAAACGUACAAGCCCAACGAAGACGUCGCGGCCGAAUUCAGCGAGCGUAGUGCAGGCGACUAAGGACAAACGCAGGACUCAAGACAGAAAACUAUCCGGUUCCCUGAUGAAUGCGACUAAAUCGAGCUCAGCGAAAAUGGUACCAAAGAUAUCUAAAGAGAUCCACACGCAGCCAACCAAGUCCAAACAUAGCAAACCGGUCAAACAUCCGAACAGAAGUGAUGAGCAACAGCGUACUGAGAUACCGUUGAUGGAACGCUCUGGUACGUUCUUGAAAGACGAACCAACAUUUGGCGAUAAAACUACGGAUAUUGAUAUAGAUUAUUAGCUUGAAGCUAAAUAUUUUUAAUAGAGCAGUAUAUUCUUACACUAUAAGGCCUGUUUCACACUAUCGAUGACAUUGGAUGAAUGUUAGAAUAACUAUGUCUCUCCUGUUAUAUAUAGAUCAAUCAAACUGAUCUAUAACAGGUAUUGAUAUUAGUUAUUUACUACUAUUAUGUGUAUAUAUAGUUUGCAAUGUUCUUAAUAUAAACCCCGCUGAUAUUUUAAAUACGAUAUAUUUCCAUACUAUCGGUAUUUACGUCGACUUCGCAAACAUUACAAUAUUAAUAAUGUACAAUGUUUGUACAGUAACUCAAUUGGUAUGUGUGAAAGAGGCCUGAUCCUAGACUAAAUUAGGCAUUGCUUUAUUUUUGAAGAUUAUAUUCUUGCAACGUUCUUAAACCGGUUAAAAAUAUAUGUUAUAUAGUAUACAGUAAUUCGCUGUAUACACAAAUGUGAAAAUACAUUUGUGUGAUGGAAUAAAAAAAAAACAAAAUAAGUUGUUUGUAGACUCGAAGUAGUUUUAGUAUUUUGUUUUGGCACAAACUUAACUAUCGUAACAGUAACAUUUGUACCUCAACUUUAAUUCUCAGCGGAUGGAGUAUCGAAUGCCUUUCCUGAAUUUUCAACUUUCCCUCUAUGGGCGUGUAUUAUUUCGUUGACGGAUUUUGUUUUUUUUUAAAUUUUAAUUUACGGUUACAUUUUAUAUGUAAAUAAUUGUUAAAAGUGAUAUUAUAGCAUUUUCAGUUUAUAAAUAUAGUAUAUAUAUAUUAAGCUUAUUAAUAUUGAAAUUUAAUUCUUGACAUAUUUUUACGUUAGACUUUAUUGUUGUAAUUUUUAUUCGUACUUACGUCAAAAAUAUGUGUAUUAAAUAAUAAAAAUAAUGACACGUUAGGAUGAAUAUAAGGAUGUUGAAAUCUUCGUGACAGUACUUAAAAACGCUAUGAAAAAAUAAUUAAACAACCCCUUGUAAAGGUGCUGGAUAGCGAUUGAGAAUGCUUGUGAUUAAUAUUAUAUUGAUUUUGAUAGGCUCCAUGCUCGACUAAUACAUUUGAACGAAAGUCCAUCAAUAUUGAGUACUUAAGUGUAUUUUUUUUUAAUUUGUCAUUCAAUGUCAACUAUUGUCUCGAUGUCUGCUAGUCUCUGGUAUUUCCUUGAUAAGUCAUGAUGUAGAAUACAUAGUAUAGAAUGAUUUACUGUUACUAGCGACGAGCCGAUAGCUUUCCCAAUUUAUGCUUAUGAAUAUUACCUGUAGCAGCGGCCACUAUACUGUGAAUAGAUGAAGUAAUCGUAUCAUAGGAAAUGUUACAAUUUAAUGUUUAAGUAAACCCGCAGUAUUUAGGGAUUGACCCUUAGAAUGUACAUAAAUAAAUGAUUGUGUUAGACGACUUUAUUGGGAUAAGCUUAUUUUAUUUGAACCGUUGUCUUUUUACGAUUUUUUUUUGUGUUUUAUAUUUAUUGAAUGCUCAUUUUAUAAUAAUCCUUUUGAAACAUGAUCUCAAUGAUGCUCUCAGUAUUCGAUUUUUUCAGUUCAGGUUUGCAUCGGCCAUAGUUGGUAAGGCAUUAACCAUAAUUAUUUGUCAUAAUAGUUACGUUUUAUUACGUUCAUUUUAAGUUAGUAAAAUUAUUCAGUUACUUUAAGGGGCGGUAUAUUGAUAGUGAAACAAAAAAUAUACCACCAACAUACAAAUUCACGAAAUAUAAUAAAUUAUAUAGUGAUUUAAAUUCAUGCAUGACAACGAUUUUUUUUCUGAAGAUGUAUAUAGAAAUCAUCGCUUUGAGUUCAAAAAAAAAACAAUCAAAAUACAAGUUCACUAGAAUAUGCAGUUCGAAUUAAAUUUUGUAAAAUCUAAAAUGCUUCGAAAUAUUUUUUUUUUAAUGUUUACAUACUGUAAACGUUAUUUUAUCUCCACAUAAGUAAAGUAUAUUUUUAAUCAAUUCAUGAGUCAUAAAAAUCUUCUUUAAAAAAGUUGCAUUUUCUGUCCUGUAAUAUUUGUUGUUGUAUUACUGUAAGUCAGAAUAUUAUAUUUAAAAAUGUAACAUUGAUUUUCAUAUACUGGUAAUACCGUGUUUGCGGUAUCAUAAAAUGCAAAUAUGAAUUGUUAGUUAAAAUUGUUUAAAUAUGAAAUGAGUAAUUUUAUUUUAAAUAUUUAUAAUAUAGCAAUGCAUUUAAUCAUUCAAA